UACAAACGUGUGUGUGUGUGUGUGUGUGUGUGUUUUACUUUCCACUGCAAAGACUUCAAGGAACAUCAAACGUGCAUAACAAUGUCAAAUCCGUUAUAUCACAAAAGAACAUUGACUAUGAAUUCAGGUUAGCUACUCAGUCAAUACUAGAUAUUGAGUAAACAAGUCAUCCACACACACAUAUAUAUCGGCAAUGAGCUACCAAUAUCAAGACAAGGGAACUUUUCAUACUCCUCUGCUCUGGGCACAGAAAACAGAAAUAUCUGUGCUGAGUACAGACUACAGACCCUAGAGUCUAGAUGGAGCACACCCCCGAAAGUGGUGGAGAACAACCUUGCCAAGAUCCUGUGGGACUUCAAGAUUCAGACUGACAAACUGGUGAUGGCCAGUCAGUCUGACAUAGUGGUGGUGGAUAAACAUCAGAAGAGAGCAGUAGUGAUGGAUGUAGCAAUCCCUAGUGACAGCAACAUCAGAAAGAAGGAACAGGAAAUGCUGGAGAAAUACCAAGGGCUGAAAGAGCAGCUGGAGAAGAAGUGGGGUCUAAAGACAACAGCGGUGCCAGUAGUGAUCAGGGCACUAGGGGCAGUGACCCUCAAGCUGGAUGCAUGGCUCCAGGAAAUACCGGGAACAUCUGAGAUCUCUGUCCAGAAAAGCACAGUGCUGGGAUUAUGAAUGUACUGUAUAUGUAAUUAACUUAUACAGCAAUAUUUAAUCGCUUGAGCAGCCCCAGAUUCAGUCGAAUUCACUCAGGAGCUCAGUCCAUCCAGUGGGAGCAGUUUGAGAUUCAGUAUCACAGGACACAGGGAUAUGUGGACACAAAGGGGGAUGGAACCUGCAACCUUGCUUUUCUUAUCCUGACUACUCACUCAAAAAGUGAUAAUCAUGCAUUCACCCACUGAGGCCCGUUCAGUGGGACCAUCAGGCUCUGGUGAAGAAGGUCUACGAGCGGCUGAAAGAUGACGGACUGGCGGUGUGGAUGGACAUCGAAGGAGGGGUGACCGGGAACAUCAACGACGCGAUGGCUGCAGGAGUGGAGGAGGCUGCAGUCAUCUGUCCCUUCAUGACUCCUGCUUAUCAGGCAUCCCGCAGCUGCAAGAAAGAGCUGAGCUACGCCGACACCAGGGAGGUCGUCGUCGUGCCCCUCAUGGUCACCGACAACUGGGAGGCCAGCGAGUGGCUGGGACUGGUCACUGCAGGCCUGCUGUGGGUGGACUUCAGAAACGCAGAGGAGAAUGAGGAGCAGUUCGACUUGUGCGUCAGGUCUCUGGAGGAGGAGAUCAUGUUUAACGUAGGUCACCUUCUCGAUACCGAGGAGGCUCCGAAAGAGGAGGUGGACCAGCCGGAACCGGCAAAACCUCGUCUGAAGGCCAAACCUGGACGAGGGUUCCGACAUGCUCACACAAAGCUCUACAUCCAAGAGUCAAGCGAGCAGAUUACCGAGCCGGCUGAGGACAGCAGAGGCAGCGUGGAGCUCAGCGAGACGCCCGGAGAUCACAGCUACUGGGAGGAGAUUAAGGUGACCGGCUGUAAGUACUACCGGAACGCCGUCACCGGCAGGUACCUCGGCUUCGACAGCAGCAGGGACGAGCUCCACUCCGAGCCCCGCCCCUCUGAAGCCGGGGAGUGGCUGCUGCUGGUGGACCAGACGGACCAGAGUCACCGGAGAGCCGUCGUCAUCAAGAACAAACAGUCCGGCAGGUUCCUGGCCGUUCGAGACGGCAGCUUCACUGGACUGGCGUCGCACAACCAGGACUGCAGAUGGUAUUUAGAGUAAAACCGACCGUCAGGAAGCUUCAGUAGGAGGGGAGGUUCGCUAAUGUA